AUGAAUUCAAAUCGACCUAGAGGUGUGAACAAUUACAACAGGGCCAACAACAACAACAAUAAUAAUAACAAUAACAACACCAACAAUACCAACAACGGAACCUCUUACAGCAAUAACCGUCGGUUCAGCAAUAACAAUAAUACUAACAACAACAACAGCAACGCUCCACGACACAAUGCCAAUGUCCAUACCGUUGCAAGCCCCCCAACCAGAAACGCUUGGGGUGUAAACUCCAUCAAUGCUUCAGUUACUGGCAUUGCCUCGCUAUCAGGUAGACCUUCUGCCUCUUUGUCAGCUCCUCCAUCAGUCUCGACAACACCAACCCCCAAGUCUAAUCAGCAAAACCAGCAGCACGCACCCUCUCCUCAGGCUGAGCUUGAUGCUCAGCGUCACAUGCACGACCGCGUUGUAUAUCUUCUCGCCAAGUCCAUCGGACUUCACGUCAUUGCCACAGUCGCCUCGGGUGCGCGCUAUCGCGGUAUUCUCAUUGCAGCUUCUGCCGAUGCUGAGAUCGGCAUUGUUCUUGCCUUCCCCGAAAAGUACUCAGCUGCCCCUGGUGAUGAAGACGUUGACGAUGCUUUGCAGCUGGCCGAUGUUGAAAAACUAGCCUUUUUGCCUAAGGACCUUGUCGACAUUGAAAUUGAAAGCCCAGACUUGUCAGUCGAGCGUCCAACCAAUGGGGGGCAAGGAUCUGCAGCCGGAUCCAAGUUCAAAACCGAUACUGACAUUUCCGGCGCUGAAAAAACUCUCAAGGAACGCGAUCUUCAACGUUGGGAAGACGAUGAUCCUUCUACCUCUGUUAGCUUGGCUUUAGAAGACGAUUCUUCAAACCAACAACCUUGGGAUCAGUUUGCUGCCAAUGAAAAGAAAUUUGGUGUCCAGUCAACCUACAAUGAGCAUUAUUACACUACAGCCAUCAACAGAGACGCCCCUGACUUUAAGGAGCGAGAACGCAGAGCUGCCCAAAUUGCAAGCGAAAUUGAAAGUUCUUCCUACGGUGGAAACAUUCACAUUGCUGAGGAGCGUGGCCUUACCGUUGACGAUAGUGGCAUGGAUGAGGAGGACAAGUAUUCUGGUGUUCAACGCCAACAACAACAACAAACGUUUGUUCCACAGGCCAAGGGAAACAAUAGCAAGUACACACCUCCCCAAUAUCGCAAGCAAAAGGCUGCAAAUAUUCCUUAUGACCCAGCCAUUGUUACAAGUCAGCUUGCCGGUAAGACUCCAGCUACUACCACUACUACUUCUCCAGCCAAACCGCCGGCUCUUGAUCAUCACCUUCACACACCCAUUUCGCACUCUGGUGGUACUAGCACGCCCAUUUCUGCUCUUUUCGGCUCCUCUGAUGCAAAUGCUUCACCUGCUGGAUCUGGUACUGGCACUCCUGCUCCGGCCCUUGCUCCUGCUCCUGCUCCUGCUCCUGCUCCUGCUCCUGCUCCUGCUCCUGCUCCUGCUCCUGCUCCUGCUCCUGCUCCUGCUCCUGCUCCUGCUCCUGCUCCUGCUCCUGCUUCUACUUCUACUUCUACUCCAUCUCCUGCCCCCGCCCCUGCUAAAACUGAACCCAAGUCUGGUCCUGCUACACCUUCAAACAAAACGCCUCUUCCACCCAGCGUUGCUCUUUCAGCUUCUUCUCGCAAAAUUCUUGACAAGGAAAAACCUACAGCCCCAAGCAAUGUUGGUGAUGUAACCAAGGAUCUGGCUGGUAACUUUAAGCAGUUUGUAGACACUGAGGUCGAAAAGGUUCAGCAAAAGAAGCAGUACUUGCAGUACAAGGAAAAGUCUGAUCGCAUUAAUGAGUUUAAGACUUUUUCUGAAAAUUACAAGAUUAAUACCCCAGUGCCCGUCGAUCUUGCUCCGAUCCUUGGCAAGAAGCAUACUGAAAAGAAGCCUGAGACCAAGCCCGAGACCAAGCCUGAGACCAAGCCUGAGACCAAGCACGAGACCAAACCAGAAACCCUCACUGCUGCCAUUGACGAAGCGCACGCAAAGAAACAGGUUCCUGAGGUUCCUUCGCCACUUGCACCUACUUUGAAGCCUACACCUUCCGCUCCUGCUGCUACUGCUAAACAGCAGCAACAGCGAGCUCCAGCUUCUCCGCCAAAACACGUCAAACCUUCUCCCGCUGCUCCGGCGCCUAAACUCAACCUUAACUUUAAGGCCCCCGAAUUCCGGCCUAACCCUGCCGCCCACUCAUUCACGCCGUCAUUCAGCUCAUCUCCAGGCACAAACCAUGCUAGCACUUCCACCCACUCUUCACCUUUUGUCAACCAUCCUUCCCCCGCAAGUCACAAUAACAGUAAUAACCACCACCAACGUUCACGCAACAAUAGCAACCCAUUCUUUGGAAACAAGACACCUAAUGCUAAACCGCUUGGAAACAAGUUCAAUUUGUUCGUGCGAAUCUACGAUGAGCAUAUCAAUGAAAAGGAGAACUCUGCUCCACUUGUGAUUGAAAAGUCUUUUGUUACUUUGCCCACUUGGUCAGUCGCAGUUGAGCGUUCUUACACCGAUUUGGUUCCAUCGCAAGAGGCUUUGACUGCUGGUCAAAAUGGUUCUGCUGCUCUUGGUGGACCCGGCUUGGUUCCAGUUGGAGGCAUUCCGGUUGGAGGAUUGGCUGCCAUGGGUGGAAUUGCUGGUUUUGGAGGCAUGGGCGGUAUUGCCGGAGCUCCGUUUGCUUACGGUCGUUCCCCAGUUCUCCCUGGUGGAACCCUUCCUCCUAAUCUCGGGGGUCCCGGUAUGAUUCCUGUUCUUCAAGAUCCACGGGCCAUGAUGCCUUCAUCACCACCAAAUUACUCACAGGUGGGAUUUAUGGGGUACCCGCAAUACCCUGGGGCCCCUCAGUAUAGCGCCGGCGGUCCCGGGCCACAGUUUUAUGGUCGGCCACCGCAACCGUUCCCGAUCCCCAACAUGAUGGGAGGCCAUCAUCAUCAAGCUGGAGCUGCAUAUAUGGGCGGAUUCCAAGAUUAUCACCAUCAUCCUCAGGGACCUCCAGGGCACCACCACCAUCAAUCCCCACGGGGUCCGCAUGUUGCACCAGCUCCCCAGGGUCAGUUUUCAGGAAACAAUGGAGCUAGUAAUUCGAAUGGUGGAGCAGCUUCAGGAGCUGGAAACGGAGCAUAUUUUUCGCCUCAGCAACAACACCAGUACUUGCGGAGUCCUGGUCCCAAUAAUGGACAUGGACAUGGCCAUAACCGGCACCGUCAAAACAACAAUCAAAACGACCAUUAA